AUGAAAUUGUCAAUUAGCAUUUUGUCAUUUUCGGCAUUUAACAGAAUUGCGGCGCUGCAAAGGGAAAAUAGCAAAUGAAAAAAAAAAACUACAUAAAAGAGAUGAAAAAGAAUAGGCCAUAAGAAAAAUUUUUUGCUUAUAUAUUUUUAUACAACAACAAAAUAAAAUUUAGAAAGAAGUAAAAAAAUUAAUAGUUUAAUCAAAAAGUGUGCAAAAGCAAUAGAAAGAAAGGACUUGGGGUAAAAGGAGAAAAUUCUUCAGCUGAAAAAACUCAUUGAGUGAAUCUAUUGCUCGAAAGAACGAAAAAGGGAAGUGAAGUAAAAACAGGCAAGGUCGUCAUCGUUGUCAUCAAGAAAAGAAAAAAGAUCAACACACAAGCAACAUGGAUGUGUUCCUGAUGAUCAGAAGACACAAAACAACCAUCUUUACGGAUGCCAAAGAAAAUACUUCAGUGGCCGAAUUAAAACGUAUGCUGGAAGGCAUUUUAAAAGUCAAACCUGCGGAUCAACGUUUAUACAAUCAAGAUAAUGAUAUUAUGGAAGAUGACAAUACUUUGCAAGAUUAUGGCAUCACAAUGUCAACAGCAAAGGCGCAAGCACCUGCUCAAUUAGGUUUGGCUUUAAGAAAGGAAAGCGGCGAUAUAGAAGCACUCGAAAUUACAUCAUAUUCAUCACCACCCGAUUUACCCGAAGUCAUGAAGAAUCAAGAGGCAGCAAAUGGUAAAGAACAAGUGGCAUAGACGACAGUCAAUUGAGAGACAUCUACACUACUAUUACUACAAAGCAAGAGAAUAAGAACAACUACAAUAAUAGCAAAAUGCAAGGCAAAUUUUAAACAACACUUUCUUUCUUUCUUUCAACCAACAAAAAUUUAAUCAAUCAUUUAACAUUACCUUUCCUUCUAUUUUUUAUUUAAAUAACACAACAAAUAACAUAAAACAAACAAAUAUUUAAGUCGAAUGCAAAUACAGGUAAUUGCUAAGAGAAAACUAUAUAUAAAAAAAAAUAAAAAACCUAAACAGAAAAAACACAAACACUUAUUUAAGAAAUCGAUUUUGACAAACAACAGACAGACAGAAAGGUAGACCAGACAAUGAUGUAUGGAAACGUAUUUCACAUAAAAGCAAAAUGUUUUAUCUACCAAUACAAAUUUACCAGCUUGAAAUUUACAUGUUUUUCCAUCUCUCUUUUUCUAAAACUAAAUAAUUAAAUUUUUAAAAUAUAAAGUGUUGUAGUAAAUGCUAAGAUUAACUGUUGUAAUUUCACAAGAGAAACAUGCAAAAAACUCUCUUUAAAUGAGUUUAGUUUUUUUAAGAAGAUUUAUUUAAAAAAUAUUUAAAGGGGGGCUCAAUGAUUUUGAUUUUUCACUUUAUUUUUCUUUUUUUGUUCAUUCUUAUGGUUUAACUUUUAUAAUGUUUUAUUUUUGCUAUAUUUCUGGAAGAAAAAUAUGUUAAACAAAUAAAAAAAUAAAUUUAAAAAAAUUUAUAUUUUCGAGAACAAAAACAAAAUAUCUUAUUUAAACAAAAUUCUAAGCUUAGUGGAAGAACACAAACAAAAUGAUUUACAUAAAUAAAAUCUACAAAUUCUAUAGCAACUGAAAAUAUUUUUUAAUUUUCCUUAUGUUUUUUUUUUUUUUUUUU